AUUGUCAAAUUCCAGAUCUCAUGGUACCAGCAAGGAAAAAAGUCUAACGGCAGUUCUUGGUGACCACAAGUUGUGCAGCAAUAAGAAGAAAGGCCACCACAUAUUUAUACAUUACUGACAUAGUCUGCCCGGCAAAUAUAUGCGUCGAUGCCAGUUGUGGAUCAGAGAAGAGGGAUUGACAGUUUUAAUCAAUAACAACAAACAAGAAGAAUGUUGGCUGCUGGUUACAGGAUACAAAGCUGGUUCCAGCUAUGAAUAAAUGGAAGGCAGUGCAAGAAUAUUCAGAGGUCUCAAUGCAGGAUCUAAGGCACCAGCAUCAUAUCCAUUACUAAUUGGAUUCGCCGAGUGUAUCGUCAAGUAGCUUUCUCAAAAAGAUACUUGAGCAUCAAGGUACUGCCAGAAAUGUACUGUAUAGAGUAACAUUCCUGCUCCCCCCCUUUCCUCUAUACUGGUGUUAAGAGUCCCAACCUAAAUGUUCCAAUAUGUUAAAUAUCUUUAUUACUAAGUAAGCAUACAUAGGAUUGCAGACUUGCAUUGCAAUACAAAUGAAGUUAUCUCUAAAAUAAGUCAAUAGGCUCAAUUGGACUGAUUUAUUAGUAAGUGUGCUUAGGAUUGCAUGAUUAAUCAGGGGCUGAGAGAAUUCUUCUGUUUUGGCCAACGAGGCUGUUUUGCCUCUUGCAGGACCUUGGGGAAGCACAUUUGCCUUUGGACACAUUCAGGGGAGCAGCAGCAAGACGGGGUCCAGCCACCCCUUCGAAAAGGGUCAGUGAACUCCCAUGAUAAGCCCCAAGGAGAAGAGAUUCAGACAGUCUGAGGAGGAAUCACCAUGCAAGAUCAAAACGCCCUGGACAUAGUGCUCCUUUCUUGCCUCCAAGAUGUCAGCUGCCUAUUCAGCUCCUGCUUAGCUGAAAUUAGCUUGAUAUCGUGCCAUUAGUGCAGAUUGCCUGGAUAUAUAUGAGAACUGUGCUGGUAGGUCUUUCAGUUUUGAGGAAUAAAGCAUAACCUCCAUAGAUUGCUUAAGAGAUAAAUUUGGCCUCUAUCUGUUUCCAUCCCCAGUCACCAUUACUGGAUGUCCAGACCCUUGAACAAAAUGACUUCUUUUGCUGCAUUUGCUCAGCACAUAUGGACACAUUUUGUGGGCGAAAAGAAGUCUGGCUGGAAGGGCCGGUCGUGCCUGUUUGCGAUAUGCAGCUCCGUCAGUUUGAUGGUGAAUGUGUUCCUGUUCCUAGCAGGGUAUUCCUUCCUAGUGGACUACCCCACGUUCUCUGCAGUCGCACCCCCAUUCCUCUGGAUUGCCCUUUCCAUGGGUUUGUUUCUGUCCAGGCAUCUGCGGUGCUUUGCUGCGCUUUUCUUCCUUUCCUGUGGCCUGCGCGAAGGAAGGAAUGCCCUGAUCGCUGCCGGGACUGGGGCGGUGGUAGCCGGCAACAUCCAAAACAUUUUCCACAACCUAAAUCAGCUGGUAGACAGCAUCACUUGCAUCCUUCAAUCGCAGCGUUUCUCCUUUCUCGGCCGCUACAUCGAAGCGAUUCGGUGGAUAUACAACCAGAGUAAGAUCUUGGGCAACCCGUUCAAAGACGUUGUGUCAGUGAAGGACAAGCUGAAUGUGUCUUACGCCGUUUCAGAUGAAGGCUUGAAGCUGAGGUUGAGUGAGACGAGGCUCCACAUCCAGAACGUUGCCCGGCAGAUCUCCUCCAUACUAGCCCUCCAGCCCUACUUGGGCAAGAAAGUGCUCCCUCUGCUGGGGGUUCUUUUCAUCGUUCUUGGGACAUUACACUUCAUGAGGAAAUUCCUGAGUCCCCACAACAUCAAGUUUAAGAACACUUACAUUACGAAAGCAUUUAUUCGCUACGAUGAGCGACAGCAGCAGCGAAGGAAGCUCUGUGUCCUUCCCCUCAGCAAAGAAGAAAGAGAGCUGUACACAAUGGUUCCAUCAUUUUGCCAGACCCAGAAAGAAAGGAAAUGCACGGCACGCUUUUUUCUCCCUGUGCUUGCUAACCUUUGCAUCUGGGCUCUCUUUGCAGCAGUAGAUUAUUUGCUUUACUGGCUCAUUUUUUCAGUGAGCAAGCAUCUCCAAGAUUUCCCUGAGCUAGAGGUCCAUUUGAAAUUGUAUUACCAUAAAAAUUCUGACAAAUUCAUAUUCAACCAUGGGGAGAUUGUGGACAAAAAGACUUCCUUCAGCAGUCCUCUCUUUGAGCAUGCCUGUAUUCCCAGCCCAAAUGUUCCCCACUCAGCAACCUGGAUCCAACUGGGUGUCAUCCUCUUCUUUUUAAUAGUGCUUGGGCUGUGCGUCUCUACAUUCACACAACUUAAAAUCCUCGUGGCAACAUCAUUCUAUCCUAGCACAGACAUGAAACGGAUAAAGUAUCUGCACUCAAAAUUACUAGAGAGAAGAUCAAAGCUCCCAGAGAAGAAUAAGAAGAGGAAGCUGAAUUCGUUUGCAACAUUACAUUUCUGGUUCCCAAUCCUCCAGGCAAUGAGGAGUUCCAGGAAGAAACAAACAGAGGUGGCAAAAGUCGGCAGCGUUUAACAACGCAAAGAAAAUCUCUAUGAAGAAAUCCAUGGUUUUAUAAGUGAAUUAACGGUCUGUUGCAUUUGAUUUUUCUUACAUUCAUUCACUUUUCACCUGUGACUCUCACCUUGUCAUUCAGCUUUGAAGUCCUCAAGCUGUACAGACUUGUCGGUCUGACACCCUAAGUGAUACCACUGCACAAUUCACAUAUUUCUUUCGGUAUCUGCCUCCUCCCUUGAAUAUUCUAGUAGGAAAGGUCACAAUUCUUCGCUUUCUCUUUUCUUUUCCGCUGCCUUUGUCUGAUCUUUGCCAAUGUUCUUUUCUGUGGGUGGAUUUGCUCCCCGUCCCCCGCCUGGCACUAUGUAUCUAUCAUCACCCAAGUGUCAUCAGUCCCUCCAGCCACCUUCCACUUCAUGUUUUGUUUUUCACAGAUGAAAGAACUCUAGCUUUCGACUCAACAUGAACGAUGCAAAUUUGAAACGAAGGGUUUUAGUUAUUCAGAACCAAUUAGGAUUACUGGGUUUCUUUCCUAAUGUUGCUUCUAGUAGUGCUGUGACCUCAUUCCACACACACAAACUCACUCCGUCCUUGUGUAUACCAGUGACACUGCAUAUACCUCUGACUCACCCAUUCCAUCCACAUUCUAAAAAUGCAGGACUUCCUCUCCUCUCUCUUUUUUAAAGGGAAUGGGAUGUUGAAUUUGAUGUGGGAAAAAUCCCCUAAAUCAGAUCAGCUGCAGUUUGAAAAAUUAAUGAAAGGCUGACCCAGUUGUCUUGGGAUGGCAAUCAAAACUGGCAAGGUCCGGAACACCGACACUCCUGAAGUAUGACCUAGAUGUAAUGUGCAGAAUGCCUGAAGGGUUGCUUGUUUAUUUUUCCCCCUUUGCUUUGCUACGAAAUCCAAAGACUGUGAGUAACUCAUUUCCCCAGAGAAAGCGCCCCAGACUUGCGUUUUGCCAUGACCAUGGUUGAACUCUUCAUUUCUACGGUGGUAGCAUGAAUUUCUACCACUGGUAAAUUUUGCAGACAGAAGGGUGGAGGGUUCAUGGGCACCAAGAUCGAGACACUAGGACAGUAGUAGGGGGACCUGAGUAUUCUUCUCCAUAGGUGGGACAACAGAGUAGACCAGGCACCCCCAAACUUCAGCCCUCCAGAUGUUUUGGACUACAAUUCCCAUCAUCCCUGCCCACUGGUCCUGUUAGCUAGGGAUCAUGGGAGUUGUAGGCCAAAACAUCUGGAGGGCUGCAGUUUGGGUAUGCCUGGAGUAGAUAAUCCCUUAGUAGUACAGUGUAUAAUGUGGCCUGUGUUAAAAUCCCAGGUGCAAGAUUAUAGAGCUGGAAGUUAUUAGCCAUUAUGAAGUUUAUUCAUAUUGAAUCAAGCAAUUGCUUGAUUAUGUUAAUUUGAAGUGAAAGCCAGGGCAUGUGUACUAAUUGAUCGAUAUUUUUUUUUGCAAGUUAGAUCAGCCUCAGGUGAGCUCCGAUGGCACCAUGCCAAUGAUCCCAACCCAAAACAAAAAGAAUCACAGUGCCAGUAAUCUACCUACAAACUGAAGCACAUGACUAUCCACAUAGAAUUGUGGUAAUAGCUUUAUCACAGUAGGAGACUUCCGCGAUUACUGGUGCAAGGCUGACUGCUUUCCACUUAGAUGUCUUAAUCAUGAGGAUUACUACAUAAUACAGUCAUGCCUCGGGUUAUAGGCGCUUCAGGUUGCGUCUUUUCUGGUUGCGCACUGCGCGAACUUGGAAGUACCCGAAUGGGUUACUUCCGGGUUUCGGCGCAUGUGCAGAAGCGCUGAAUCAUGACCCGCGCGUGCGCAAACGCGGCACUGCGGGUUGCGAACGUGCUUCCUGCAUGGAUCACGUUCGCAACCUGAGCGCCCACUGUACAGAGAUGGGACUGGGGCAUGGCAACCCCACCCCCUCCAUGUCCUCAUAUAAAAUCACUUUUUUAAAAAAAUAGAGCCUUUAUUAUCUCAUUCCAGAAAUAAAAUACAUAAAAGAAAAAAAUACAGAAAUUUGUUUCCAUUUACAUCGCAUUACAACAAAUUUUCUAAACUUAUUUAACAAAAUGGAAAAAAAGAACCAAUACCAACUAAACUUUUAAACUGAACCCACUCAUAUGACUAAAAAUAAUACUAUCAAAUUUUAAAGUACUACAUCCCUUAAUUUCCCCACUUUUACAAUACGUAUAACCCUUCUAUGACUUCCUAUCAAACCCAAAGGUAUAAUCCGAUCAUUUCUGUGAGCAUGUUUCAACUCAGACCACUAUCUUUACCUCUUCCCAUAUACUCUUGCUUAACUAUAUCUCCAUUGGAAUUUAACAAAUCAGAAUUAUUCAAAUGCUGGUG